AUGGUAGUGAACCACUACGGAUGCCACGAGAGUGUCGAGCCCUACGCCAAGCUUUGGCUGGACAAUAUGCGGCACAGACUGCCUUUCAAGUACGGAAUAGAUUGCAUUCUCACCUUGGCGGUAUCAUGGGUUUUCGAUGAUCAAGACAUCUUUGACCUAAUGGUGCGUGUGGCGUUGAGGAACAGUUCUGGGUUGAUCACGGUCGAAGAUGAUCGUCUUCCUAUUCCAGACGGUCUUUUUGAAAAGAUCAAUGCAUCCCGUGAGCGCUAUCUCGAGGCUGUAUCGUCAGCCACGGCCGAACUUUUCCAUCGUCUCAGAGAUGAAGAUGAUUGUCCUCACGCUUGCUCAAGUCUGAUGCUUGGCCGCUUAACGAAGAAGAUAUACAAUUUUGAUUCAAAUGGCUUGGGCAGUCAGGCAUUUCUUGGAUGGCUCAGAAUUGAAGGCUGUAUACGCGAUAUCAAGUCUAUGGGGGACUCUGACCUGUCUGAUUGGAACUGCAGAUAUCCUUCUACCAUCUUCCAAAGAUUGUACCCGGCGCUGCAAAAUGCGGAGAAUCAGCUACCUGCUUUUUAUCUGAAGGGCAGGAUGCUCACCGUUGAACAGGAGCCCACAGUUCAAUCGGAGCCGAACCCGUAUGCGCAUAAUGAGGAAAACUGGUGA